AAGCGAAACCCUAAAGACGCGCUAGUCUCAGUCCGACACAUCGGUUGGUGGGCAAAGGGAGAGAGAUCGAGCGAGAUGCUUUGGAGUUUCGCCAUCGAUUUUGCCAUUCAGCUUCUCCAUUUGGUCUUUGGAGCGGGAGGAGGUUUGGGCACUUGACCAUGCGGAAGUGUGUGUAAUUUGAAGAGGAUCGUGGUUGCAGGGAGUCUGUUCGAACAUUUGUAACGAGUGGGAGGGAGCAUGCUGUAGAAUCUCAGUUUUGUAGCGAUUUGUGACGAUGAGAUGCUAGUGCGAAAUUGAGGACAGGUACUGAUUGGCAUCAACAGCGGAAUCUUUUAGGUUUCCAGGGGUAGACAACAAUGGAUGGGAACUUGAAAGCAAUGCCAGAUACGUCCAGGUGGGUGGUGAUUUACCCUGUGUACAUCAACAGUAAGAAGACCUUAGCAGAGGGACGACGCAUUUGUGCAUCGAAGGCGUGUGAGAACCCUACUGUAGUAGAGAUUGGUGAUUGUUGCCAAUAUCUGAGGCUUCCCUGUGCCAUCGAGAUAGAUAAAGCGUACUCGAGAGAUUUUAUGCAAAGAGGACGAGUAAGGGUGCAGCUGAAACGAGAUGAUGGCACUCUCGUUAACUCAGCCAUUCCCUCACGCAAAACUUUGUUUUUAAAAGUAGCGGAACUUGUACCAAAGCAUCACGGCCGUAGCAAAAAGCAGGACCAUUCUGGCUCAACUUCUACUUCAGGUGGUGCUCAAGCUUCCAAAUCUGGAAAGAGUGGUAAGAAGAAGAAGUGAAUCCUUUCAACAGAGUUUUCUUCUCUGGCAUAACGGGAUCUUCUGACCGUGUUGCAAAAUCGCCAACUUUUAGAAGGCUUGCCACUACUAUUUUGUAAGUUCCAAGCGCUUCUCUUUGGCCAAUGUCCUGUUAUUAGUUUGGCGCACGAGGAUCAGUUUUCUGCUUCCUAUUCUUGUGUAUCCAAAGUGGCAGAUAUGUAUCAUUUGACCAAUCAAUUGCGAAUUUGCACCUCCUUCAGUUACUUCCGUCGACUGGGCUCUGCAUUUUGCUGUUUCGAAUUCUUCGA